CAAUCCAACGGUCCAACCUAAUUUAUAAACCUCCAAAUUGACCGAAACAAAUUGUUAGAGUCUGGAUCAAACUGAGCCCAUUUUCAUGUAAAUGAAGAUCUAAAUUCCACUGAAUCACCUCCUACCUCAACCUUAAACGCCGGGGAGCUCCGGCGAGCCUUGAUGCAAAACCACAAUUUGCGCUUCUUCAGACGUCAGUUGAUCCUUAUUUAACUGCUUGGCUUUGUUCCAUUUGUCAAGAUUGCGUUGAUCUCAGUAAGUGAAUUAUACGUUAGAGGUUUAUCUCAUUUUAGCUGCCAAUUCUGUAUGGUAAAGCUGAAUCAAGCAAACUGCUAAUGAGUAUGGCAUCGAAGCUACACUUUGAAUUGCUGUCAAUAUAGGUUAGAUGUUCCUUUGCUCUAGUUAGUGGACCAAGAGGGUGGUUCUCCAACUGUUCAGAAGGGAGCAGAUUGAGUGGAUUGAUAAUAUGCAGCGGAUUCCAGUGACAGUAGAGGAACAGCUUAUUUUGAAAGCGAUAAAGGACGAAUGCCCGUGGGAGAAUCUCCCAAAAAGGCUUCAAGCAACUCUUACUACUAAAGAGGAAUGGCAUAGAAGGAUAAUUGAACAUUGCAUAAAGAAAAGACUCCAAUGGAACACCUGUUUUGCUCGCAGAGUGUGCAAAGAAGGUGAAUAUUAUGAAGAGAUGAUGCGUUACUUGCGAAAGAAUCUGGCGCUGUUCCCCUAUCACCUUGCCGAGUAUGUUUGCCGUGUUAUGAGGCUAUCACCUUUCAGAUAUUAUUGUGAUAUGAUAUUUGAGGUCAUGAAAAAUGAGCAACCAUAUGACAGUAUCCCAAAUUUUAGUGCUGCAGAUGCCUUGCGGCUUACAGGAAUUGGGAGAAAUGAAUUUAUUGAUAUAAUGAACAAGUGCAGAUCUAAGAAAAUUAUGUGGAAGCUGAACAAGUCAAUUGCAAAAGAACUUUUACCUACACAACCUGUGGACUUUGCAAUUGAACCAUGGUGGGGAGUCUGUCUUGUCAACUUUACCUUAGAAGAAUUUAAGAAACUCUCAGAAGAAGAGAUGGCAACAAUAGAUAAAGUUUGUAAAGAGGAAGCUAAUGCAUUUAUCCUAUUUGAUCCUGACAUUGUAAAAGGUCUUUACCGACGGGGACUAAUCUACUUUGAUGUCCCAGUCUACUCUGAUGACCGUUUUAAAGUUUCCAGGCUUGAAGGAUUUGUUUCCAAUAGGGAUCAGUCUUAUGAGGAUCCUAUCGAGGAGUUACUCUAUGCAGUUUUUGUGGUUUCAAGUGAGAAUGCUACUGUUGCUGAACUGGCAACAACAUUGCAGGCUGACCUUUCUCAGCUGCAGGCUGCUGCAUCCUUUGCUUGUCGACUAGGAUGGGCAGAUAAAUUGAUUGAUCCAGGAUCUGUUCUUCAAGAUACAAGCAUACCAGGCUCCCUUAAAGUUGCUCUCAGUGAUGAUGAAGAUGCUGCCUGUGCUAGUAUAGGCUCCGCAAACAUGUCUGCAGAUGGUGAUGCUGCUGCGCAAGGAGAUAUUUCAGGAAUGGAAAUCUAUGGGCCACGUUCUAGCAGCCAUGUUCGUGUUGCUUUUCUUGUCGAUGCUAACAUAACUUCCUAUCUUAUGAUGGGAUCUGUUUCACCAGGCUUGAAAUCUCAUGCUGUAACACUGUACGAGGCUGGGAAGUUGGGUCAUGCUAGCAUUGCUGAUCUUUGCAAGGACCUGAGCACAUUAGAAGGAGCAAAAUUUGAGGGAGAAUUGCAGGAAUUUGCUAAUCAUGCCUUUAGCCUCCGUUGUGUCUUGGAAUGCCUAUUGUCAGGUGGAAUUGCAACUGAUUCAAAAGUGGAGGAAGUUUGCAACAAGAUUGGCACCUUCGCUUCAAGCAAUGAUGAGGCUACUUCUUUGAUAGCUGACAUCUCAUUGACUGAUAAAUCACAAAACUCUGUUGUUAAUGAAGAUGAAGCAGACAUUGACCGUUCUACUAAAUCAGGGAUGUCUCAGGAUAAUUCUGAUUUGGUUGAAUGUGCUUCUGGAAGUACUGGUGAAGCAACAUCUGUUGUUUUAUCAGAAGACGGUAACCCCUUAAGCGAGGUGUCUAAGUCAGACUCAAAUGUCCAGAAUGAUGAGAAACUUAUUCCUGCUGAAGGGUCUGAUGUUGGAAGAGGAACUAUAAGGAGGAGAAGGAAAUAUCGUGUGGAUAUUCUCCGCUGUGAAAGCUUGGCUGCUUUAGCACCGGCAACUUUAGAUAGGCUAUUUCUUCGUGAUUAUGAUAUUGUAGUUUCUAUAAUUCCCCUUCCUCAUUCCGCAGUUCUUCCUGGACCAAAAGGUCCCAUCCAUUUUGGUCCUCCUUGCCAUUCAUCCUUGACACCAUGGAUGAAAUUGGUGCUAUAUUCAACUGUGGGUAGUGGGCCUUUGACAGUUGUCCUGAUGAAAGGACAGUGUUUUCGUUUGCUUCCUGCACCACUGGCUGGUUGUGAGAAAGCACUUAUAUGGUCCUGGGAUGGUUCUGCAAUUGGAGGGUUGGGAAGCAAGUUUGAAGGGAAUUUGGUCAAGGGAAGUGUACUUUUACAUUGUUUAAAUUCACUUCUUAAAUACUCAGCUGUGCUAGUGCAGCCUCUCAGUAGGUAUGACCUUGAUGAAUCAGGAAGAAUCAUUACUAUGGAAGUCCCUUUGCCCCUCAACAACGCUGAUGGUUCAAUUGGUCGCAUAGAGAAUGAAUUAGUUCUGUCUGAAAAUGAAAGUUCGAAAUUGAAUUCCCUGUUAACUCAACUGACAAAAAAGUUGGGAUUGUCAACAAUUGGUUAUGUUCGAUUGUUGAAGCUUUUUAUUGAAAGAGAAUCAGAGCACUUUGCACCUGAUGAUCAGAAAUAUGAAUGGGUGCCACUAAGCGUGGAAUUCGGGAUGCCCCUUUUUAGUCCAAAAUUAUGUAACAACAUAUGUAAAAGAAUUGUAUCAUCAGAGUUGCUUCAAUUAGAUUCAUUUACUGGGCAUCAUGAAGCAAUGCAAGGCCUACGAAAAAGGUUGCGUGAUGUCUGUGCAGAGUAUCAAGCAACUGGUCCUGCUGCGAAACUUCUUUACCAGAAAGAGCAAUCGAGAGACAUGUCUCGAAACCUUAUUAACUAUGCCAGUGGAAGAUGGAAUCCCCUUGUGGAUCCCUCUUCUCCCAUUUCAGGAACCUUGAGUGAGCAUCAGAGAUUAAAACUUGCUAGUCGUCAACGUUCUCGUACUGAAGUUCUGAGUUUUGAUGGUAGCAUUCUGAGAUCAUAUGCUCUGACUCCCGUAUAUGAGGCUGUCACAAGGCCUAUUGAUGAAAAUUCUUCUCCAUUGGUGAAUCCUAUGAAAGCUGAUCCCGAUGAAGUUGAUAGUAAAGAAGCAAUUCUUCCAGGUGUCAAUCUUAUUUUUGAUGGUGCUGAACUGCACCCCUUUGAUAUAGGUGCUUGCCUGCAGGCUCGACAACCAAUUUCCUUGAUUGCAGAGGCUGCAGCAGCCUCAGUUUCUUCUGCUGCCAUUAAAUAGACCUCUUGUGACAAUCCUGCUUGGGUUGGAUGGAUAAAGGACUUGGUCUGCGUACAACAAGUUGAAGCAUAUACCGACUUUGUCAUGAUUGUUUGGUUCACCUGCUGCACCUUUGAGAUUGCUUCUUGUCCAUUAGAUUGGGCUAGUAUAAGGUGGUCGUAGUCAAUGCCUCCGCUGAAUCUCAAAUGGUUUAGCAUGUGCAGCAAAAAGAGAAGAAUGAUGAUUUGCGAAUGUAUUUCCAUUCAAUGCUUGAACAAUGCCAGGUCCUAAUGUUUUGUUACUAACGAACAAUCGCCUUUUUGCAGGAUAGGAUUGAGGGAAACUGUGUGAUAUUCAGUUUCCCUGAAUGUCUAAACGUGAAGCUUUUUCUACCUGCAUAUAAAUUUUGGUUUGAUUAUUUCUAUUAGCACAUACAUGGAGAGUCAUAGAGGGGAGAAUCUUGGAAUUUGAACCGCUGAAAAUUACGAACUGAAGAGUUAUUUCUGGUAAAGUGAAUAUGUAUUUUCCUGAUUGAAUUUUGUUAAUGAAAUGGAAAGCUGAACUAGUGUCUAUCCAUUUUGUUUGAGCUUUUUGAGAAAACAUGGCUUAGGGUUUCCUUACUCAGAAAUUGCACCUAUAUAUAUUACUUUUGCUCUGA